UUACAGCGUUUUCACAUUAGAUAUUACGUGCAGUCCUAGAUAACUAAUUUCUGUUGCAGAUUUUCUCAAGAUGUUGCGCAAAUGGCUUCAAUUACUAGUUAAACAUCAUCCCUGUUUAGUUUUCUCCAACGCAGUCAGCGGGUUUCGCGUUCUGUGAUUGUGUUCUUCUGCGGCUUCCGUAGUUCGCUAAACCGUGAGAGCGCUUCGUGUGCUACAGUGGCAGAAUAUCUCGUCAAAUUUAGUUUACGGUGCAUCAAUAUAGAUGUUGUGUGUUCGGAAUGGCUAACGACAGGCUGAGGGCAUUAGAAGAUGUGGAGAAGGAGAUAGCUUCAGUGCUGCAGAGCGCAGGAACGAUCGUGCUGGAGCUUUCUAAAGAGAAGGCCAAUGCCAGUUUAUUAGACCGACAGCUAAACCAGUUCCAGACCUCCGUCAACAGAGUUGAGAGUGAACUGAGUGCACAGAUCCGGUAUCUGACACAGGUGGUAACAGGUCAGCCUCACGAGGGAUCGACAUACUCAGCCAGAAAGGACUGUCAGAUGGCCCUAAACCGUGCAGAAUAUGCCCGCGUCAAACUGGGAGAGCUGGGACGCACCUGCGAGAUAAUGCUUGAUCCGCAGACAUAAAGACCUAUUAAAUGGACUGUUGCAUUGUAAUAUCUGCCAGCUGACUUCAUAAGUAUCUACACGCAUCGAAACCUUUCUGAAUCCCAUCUACAAGCAUCAACACUUUUUGUUCUUCAUAAUCUAAAGAAAUUUUGUUUGACAAACUCAGUGAUUUAAAUAUAUUUCCCGUUGUAAUAUCACCAAAGCUUUUGUCUUAUUGAGAAAUGUUACAGGUUUUCUUAUUUUCUGUUAUCAAUUUUUUAUAGUUAUGACAAAAGAACAAUAAAAACAUUUUUUCCA